CUGUAACCGAGAUGGCGGCGGAGUUUGACCCGUAUGGAGUAACCCAAGCUUACACUCAUCACUCAGUUAUCACUCUGGGAGCGGAGAUACUGACGAAGACAAUAGACCAUGAAGAGCACGAGAGAAUACGAGCAAUAGAGGAGGCGAUAGAGAGGACGAGGGUUGCAGGAGUGGAAUCUAAGGAGGUAGCUCUGGAGAAGUUAGCUAGGAAGUGCGCCAAGGCACAGAAACAGGCGUUGGAGGAUCUACAAGGACGGUGUGACCUGGUCCUGGAGGAGGCAGUCGAGAAGAACACAGGGGAGUGGGAGGAGAAGCUGGACACUGCCGUCAAGUUUGAAAAGGAUUACAGUGACCGCAGGCUGGCGGAGAACCUUGCUAGGGUAGCUAAAGGUGCGGCAGAAGACCUAGAAAAAGCAGUUGUAGUAGCUAGGGUCGAAGAGAAAGAAGUAGCAAAACAACAGUUGGAAGACUUGAGAGUGAUAAAAGAGAAGGAACGCGAGGAAGCUAUCGUCAAACUUAAAGGGGAACAACAAACAGCGCUGGCGGAGCUGGAGAGUAGACUCAAGGUGGAGAAGGACAGGGAGGUGAGCGCUGCUAUCGCUAGAACAGAACAGGACUCUCUCGACAGACUCACCAAAGUUAAAAUAGACCAUGAUAACGAGAUCUCGAAGUACAAGGCAGCUGUAGCCACAGAGCAGGAACACACGGAGGAAGUGAAGUUACAACUGGAACAGGAAACCCACAACAGGGUCCUGGCAGAGGACAAACUCAAGGAUGUUAAGGAGGAGUUCAGAUAUUUCAUCAACUCGUUACCGGGUCAUGAGAACAGUUGCUACAACGCCGAGUACAUGAUUGCCAGAUGAGCUACACUCAAUUACCAGAUAAUCUAAAAUUGAUCGCUGAUUUUGUAGAUGAGAGUUCAUUUUAACCACUGAUGUAGACACUGAGAAAGGGUUUUCUGCACAACUUUCUGGAGCUUGUUCUACUUCAGAGUGUCAGUCUGAAAAUGAAUUUUUAAAUGGCGAUAAAGCAACAUUUGGUAGUUUUAUCAUUAAAUCUCUGGUUAAAGUCAUGGUGUGAGUAUUCGUUGCUUUUACUGUGAAAAGAGACGAAGGAUAAGUAAAGAUCAUUCACAAUUCAGUUAUUUUGCGUUUAAUUGCUUUAUUCAGUUAAAACAUAAGUUAUUUGAUUAUAGAUCGAAAAUUUUGAUGCCAGAGCAUCGAGUAAAUUAAAGAUAAGAUUGAAUUUUAGGCUUUUUAUUACACGCAUCCAACCUUGUUCAGAAAUGAGAAAUUAAAUUAAAUUUUCCGGUUGCACCAUAAA